AUGCCGACAGCGAUUGCUCAACACGCCCUCUCGUCAUCAGAGAGCAACAUUCUUUUCGAGACCACAACUACAGACAUGGCCUGGUCAUCCCACUCGACAUCCACAGUAGCAGUGUCUUCUUCCACUACAUCCGGAGCAGCAACAUCAACAGCGCCUGUUGCAGCUGACACCACAUCCAGCGCUCUUUUCUCGUCCUUGAGUGCAUCUUCGAUACCACAUGGGAUUGAUGCCCUUGUCGUACAGAAGGAAAAUCAAUUAAUAUGCAUUCAGAAGCAGCAGCGAUUGCAACAGCAACAGCAGCGUCAACUAUUAUUUCGCCAUCAGCAGCAGUAUCAGCAGAGACAACAAAAGUCGCUACCAUGUCAUUCAAGUCAAUUUGGGUUUCAGCAGUUGCGAAACUCGGCUUCAGUUGGAGCAGCUGCACCAGGGGCGAGCCCGCAUGCCGAUAGCUGUAUUGUUUUAAAUGGAUCAGAUACUACAUCGACUAGUGGUCUAUCGCUCCAUUCAUCCAGUAGGGCAAAGAAUAGUGGUGGCCUCACAAUGCGUGUUGAUCUGGUAGAUGAUGUCUGGAGGAUUAUCUUUUACAUCCUUGCACGGAAUUGUAAGGAUUUGGGUCGAUCGAUGCAGGUCAACCGGCGGUUCUACAGUCUCCGGGUCGGUAUUUGCUAUCCAAAAACAUUUGCCUUCACCACCAACAUCGAUCAGCACAAACUGUCAACCACAGGAAGGGCAGCAUCAUCGUCAGCAUCGUCAGUUCCUCAUUGGAGAGGAAUCGCAGCCAAGACUGCCACUCCUAUCGAGAUCACAGAAUCCUACGAGGACUGA